AUGCGUUUAGUCUUUAUUUGGUAUAUAUUAGCAAGCAAAAAAAAACCAGGAGAAAACAGAAGAGAUCGUCAAGGCUCGGAGAAAGCAAAAGAGAAGAAGAGGCAAAAUACAGUGCAUACGGUCCCAAAACUGCGGAUCUUAAAACAAAAUGCAAUCACCGGAGAUCUAAAAUCUAAAUACAUUUGGAAAUUUGUUCCAAUUGAGCCAGGUUUAAUAUUGGAUAUGGAAGUAUCUGGAGAUUCGAAUGGUGGUUUUAUACUUAACUCAGAUAAGGGUCCUCUUGCAAACCCUUUAAAUGCUUGUUUAACUGCCCCAUCUUCUGCACUCGUAUAUGUUCCUUUUACUGCUUUAUACAGUCAGCAUAUUAUUCACAUUGAAUAUUCAAUUAUAUCAAAGCCUCUUUGUAGACGAGAAUAA